CACAUUGUUUCUACAACCAGGGUAAUAUGACGCAAACAUCUUAGAAGAAUUCGUAUAUCCAAAUCCAAUUUAAGAUAAUCUAAUUACCAUCCUCAAACGAAACCUUACGCGACCAUAUAAAUAGAAAACAAAACGGCAGCAACAUCACUUUUGGUAGAAGUAUCAACUCACACUAUCGAACUAGUCGUCGAGAAUAUUUCGGUCCCUUCUCCACAACAAAUGGUUGUUGCAGUCAAAGUAUUCAAAAAGACAACACCAAAUGGUAAAGUCACCGUUUACCUGGGAAAGAGGGACUUCAUAGACCACCUAGACCACGUCGAUCCCAUCGAUGGAGUCGUCGUUGUCGACGAUGCCUAUCUCCAAGGGCGGAGAGUUUACGGCCAGGUGCUCACGGUGUACCGCUAUGGCCGGGAGGAGGAUGAGGUCAUGGGCGUCAAAUUCAGUAAGGAGAUGGUCAUAGACACCGACCAGAUAGCCCCUUCGAAGAAAGAGAAAGAACAGCUGACCCCGAUCCAAGAGAAAUUGGUGAAGAAGAUGGGACCGAACGCCUACCCCUUCACAUUUCACUUCCCCGAGAUGGCCCCCUGCUCCGUCACUCUCCAACCAGGCGAAGAUGACCAAGGAAAGCCUCUAGGCGUCGAGUACUACGUGAAAUGCUAUGUGGGAGCUAAUGAGGAAGACAAGGGCCACAAGCGCAGCACCGUCCAAUUGGCAAUUAAAAAACUCCAAUAUGCUCCGCUAGUCAAAGGAGUUACACGUCUUCCAAGUUCUUUGAUCUCCAAAGGGUUCACCUUCUCCAGCGGAAAGAUCAGCUUGGAGGUCACCUUGGAUAAAGAUACCUAUUACCACGGCGAAAAGGUAGCUGCUAACAUUAUGAUCAGCAAUAAUUCAAGGAAGCAAGUACGGAACAUCAAAGUGUACGUCGUGCAACACUGUGAGGUGACCAUGGUAAAUGCCCAGUUCUCCAAAUACGUGGCUAGCCUGGAAACACGCGAAGGUUGUCCCAUCACCCCGGGCGCUAGCUUCACCAAGGUAGCCUACCUGGUGCCCUUGGCCUCCAGCAAUAAAGAUCGUAGAGGCGUAGCCCUAGACGGUCGCCUGCGCGACGAUGACGCUAAUCUAGCCAGCUCCACCUUGGUUCCCGAAGGAAAAUGUCCCAUCGAUGCCAUAGGUAUCGUCAUUUCAUACUCCCUGAGAGUGAAGUUGAACUGCGGCACGCUUGGGGGUGAACUGAUCACUGAUGUGCCCUUCAAGCUGUUGCACCCAGCCCCUGGUAGUAUCGAAAAGGAAAGGGCUCAAGCCCUUAAGAAAAUGAGGUCCCUGGAAAAGUCUAGGUACCAGCAGAGCUUCACUAACGACGACGAGGAUAAUAUCGUUUUCGAGGAUUUCGCCAGGUUCAGGCUGAGUCGGGACGAGCUCGAAUAAGAAAGGAGUGUUUGCAAAUACUACAAUCAGCAAAAAAAUAUUUAAAAAAAUGAAAAAAUCAUUAAAAAAAAACAAAAAACUAAGUCCACCCAUCAAAGCAUUGGGUUUUCUGCCAGAAGUGGGUAAAGACAAAAUUGAUGACAUUAUAAAAGAAUCACUUACAAAAAUAAUUAUGCAUAAUUAUUUAUUUUGCUAACAAUAUAAAUAUAUAGGACUAGGUAUAGAUUGUAGUCGUGCAUGCAUAAAAAUAAAUAAUAUAUUAAAGGUAUAGCUGUUUUAUUUGUACACAGACAACUGAUAAUUGCGAUUU